CCCCCUCCCCCCAAUAACCACAACCCACUACAUCACACACAUCACCCCCACCCUCGCCAUGCUCGCCACCCGUCUCAAGUCCUCGCGCACCUACACCCCGACCACGCAGACCCGCGACCUGGAUGAUCUCGAGCGAGGGUAUUGGUUUCUACGGGUGAAUCUGUCCUCUGCACGUCCUUCGCAGACACAGAAUGAGAAUGUGGACCAGAACCGGCAUCCAGGCUCGAAAUCGAAAUUGAAUACCAGUAAUACCGUUGGAGCAGGGACUGUGAAUGGUAAUGGAAAUGGGCAUGGGCAUGAUAAUGCAAACACCUGGCCCCUCCCCCUCCUCACCCGCUUCUGGACCUUCCUGUCAGAGAUCAUCACCGAGGGACGCGCAGGAUGGGGCGUGUGGUGUAUUCUGGAAGAGGAUAUAUCAUCGCCUGUCACCGUCAACGCCGCCACCAUCACCACAACCCCAACUAAUACCAUCACCACCACAACCCCAACUAAUACAAACACCAACACCACCACCAUCACCACCAUCACCAGCACUGAUGUUGAUGUUGAUGUUGAUGCCGAUGCCGAUGCCGAUGCCGAUGCUAAUACCAAUCCCGAUCCCACUGCCCUAACCAUCAAGAUAUACGCUUGGGGCGAAAUCGCCUCGCACAUCUACUGCCUGCUAUUCCUGGCGAGUGAGCGGCGGGUGCGAAAGAUGAGGGCGCAGUGGCGGGAUGGGGCCGAUGAGGUGGUUAUUCAGAUGUGAUGUGAUGUGAUGUGAUUUCUAGUUGCGGAUUUCAUGUUAACCAUCUCGAUAAUUAAAAAUAAUGAAUAUAUGGGUGGGUUGGUUGAUUGAUUGAUCUCUUGUCUUGGAGAUACCUAUCUUGUUUACCUGUUUGUUUGUGGGAGGGAGGUGGUGCUGGCGAAGACUACAUGCAUACAUAGAAUCAGUAUGAACGAACGAAUCUACGGCUUGCAGUCACUAGGCUACUCCAGAUACCAACA